UCCAACACCAAAAGAGAAGAAAAGUGAGGUUUAGGAAGAACACAUUAACCUCUGUUAACAAGACUGUAUUUUACUGUUAUUUUUAAAAUUAAAAAUUGAAAAUGAGGCUUAUUAAAUUUAUAUUUUUUACAAUUUUUUGUCAUAAAUCAUUAGGCCAGUACAGAGAUCCCCAUGAGAUGAUUAGCGGUGCAAAGGAAAAAUUAAAUGGUCACCAAAUGGAUGAAUAUUUUUCCAAGUCUGCUAAAAAACCGACCAUUUUAGACAACUCAAUGUUUUAUGUCCAUUUAAAGCGAAUUAUAAGCCGAAUUGUUAAUUCAGCACAUUUUGACAAAAGUGAUCCUGAUAUAUAUAUUGGUCAUUUGGUUUUCGAUAUUACUCCUAUUGAUUUAAAGUUCUUAACAGAUUUUAGAGAGGCAGAAGUAACAUUAGAUACAUUAAGAAAACUUGACACUAUUAUUAGUGAAAGUUUCAGUAAAACUUUCGUAGAUGAGUAUUUGCAAGCUUUUACAGAGUUGCAGGUUCAGCUUUAUUCUGCUGUUAUAAAUGUUCAAAAUUUAUGGCUCAUAGGAUCAUGCUUUUUGAUAUAUGCUGUGUAUCAGUUAUUUAAGACGAAUUUUUCACUUGCUUAUAUCAUAAAAUACUUAAUCAUUGUUGUAUUUGUCAUCGACUUUGUUUUACGGUAUCAGGUUUUAUUGGAGCAAGCUGAAGAACAUAAUUUGAAUAUUCAAUACUCUGCAAUGUGUGAUACAUCGAAAAUGAGUUGGAGAGAUUAUUUUGUAUUUUUAACCAGCUCCCAAGACUGUGAAAGAAAGACGGUGACACCACUGGAUGCUUUCCUGUAUCAAAUAAGGAAUGUAAUUGUAAUCCCCUUACACGCAUUUGGGUCAGGAAUUGGUGGAUUUGGAGCCCAACUGUAUAAAAAUACUCCUUGGGGAAUUGGUCUGCUAUUCUUUCCUGUUUUGUUAAUAUUCACGCUUCUGUUGCUUGUGUUUGGCAUGGCAUUGGUCAUGGAUAGGACAAUAGAGUUCAAUUUCUUCCAUUUAAUUAAACUGAAAUUUGGAGGCGGAGGUGCCGGAAACGCUGCGCUGACAGGUAGAAUGGCUGAAAAAUUAUUAGAUCGUCUAUUUCAUAGGCCAAUGGUACAGGAUAUUAAAGUAAAUGCCUCUAAUAGCCACCACGACAAUCAAUUGCAGAACAAUGAUCAAGAUGUAAAAUAUUUAGAGGGGCCCACAGCUGAGCCUCGUGAAGAAGAUGGGGACAACUUGGCUCUUGCUAGCACUAAUUGUAAAAAAGAAAUCAGUGCAAAUAAAAAAUCAGUAGCAACGAAAAAAACAGCUACCGGUGAUAUUUCAAACACAAAUGUUGAUAUUGAAACUAUGGCCAAUCGGACAGUUGAUAUUGUGGAUUUAAAAUAA